CUUGACGCCGCUGCUCUCACAGCAGAUCAGACUUGGCCGGAGAGAAGUGCGUCCACUUUACUUCGGAGCAAAUCUUCUGUUUUGUUCUGUUUUACAGCUCCUUUAUCGUUAAUUUUUCCCGGUCGGAGUGUGUCGGCGUUUCUUCCAGGAUGGUUAAAGUGUCUUUUAACUCCGCUUUGGGACAGAAAGAUGUGAAAAAGGACGCCGAAACUCUUAUCCCCGAGGAGGACAAAGAUGCCGAGGCAGCCCUGCUGGUGCGUCAGCAGUCUCGGGCCUGGUGCUGGUGCAUGUGCCUGGGGCUCGCCCUCAUGCUGUCUGGAGUGGUGGUUGGAGGAGCGUACCUGUACCGCUACUACAUCCUGGAGGUGAGCAGGCAGCCCCAACGAGGGUGGGAAGAGGAGGGCCAGGUGUUUGUGUGCGGGGUGAACUACCGUGAGGAGGACUUCAUGAUGCGGGAGGAGGAGGAGGUGGAGGUGGAGCUGCCAAGCCAGUUCCACCUGCGGCAGCUGGAGGAGAGGAUCCAGGUGCUGGAGAGGGAGCAGGUGGAGCUCAUCAACGUCCCCGUGCCCGAGUUCGACGACGGAGACCCGGCAGACAUCGUCCACGACUUCCAGCGGAGGUUGACCGCCUACCUGGAUCUGAGUCUGAACAAGUGCUACGUCAUCCCGCUCAACACCUCCAUCGUCAUGCCCCCCAAAGACUUUUUGGAACUGCUCGUCAACGUCAAGGCCGGCACCUACCUGCCUCAGUCUUACCUGGUCCACGAGGAGAUGAUUGUGACCGAGCGCCUGGAGCAGGUCGACCAGCUCGGCUACUUCAUCUACAACCUCUGCCGCGGCAAAGACACCUACAAGCUGCAGCGCCGAGACAGGAUUCUGGGUAUGCAGAAGCGUGAAGCUCUGAACUGCCACAAGAUUCGCCACUUUGAGAGCCAGUUUGUGGUGGAAACUCUGAUCUGUGAGCCUUAAGAGACCUCGUCGCCUCACAACUGCUCUUAAAGUCACUGGCGUGCAGUGAGUUCUGCGUUUUUAAUCCUCACGUCUUUUUUUUCCUGUCCUUUACUUCAGGUAGUUUGAGUGAGUGAGAGGAGCGAAAUGUGAAACUGUUUGGUAAAUAUUCAUUGAUUGUGAAAAUUAAAAAAAGGUUAAGAGUUGUGUAUUUUUCCACUUUCUGUGCGGGGAUCUUCUCGGAAACGUUAUCUUUUCAGAAAAUAACUAGCUUAAAGUCAGCUCGGUAUAAAUAAGUAAAUUAUUUUAAUCAAAAAUAACUGCAAUUACAGCAUGAACAUUAAUCUUGAUAGACGGGGGUAAAUUUAGUUUGCCUUUCUUUCAGUUCAAACAUAAGAUUUCAAGAGAAAGGGCAACGUUUGUACCACUCUUUCUGUUUUUUAAACAGAUCAGUCCACGUGACUUUAUUUUGUAUUUUGUCUGCUGUAGCUAUUAAUACACUGCACCUGUUCUUUCUUAAGUGGAAAAUGAUCUUAAAAUAAGAGUGUGGACAUGUGCUUCUCAAUGUUAAUCUUUAAAAGGAAGUCUGUAAAAGUAUUCAACAAGAAAAGCAAAAGAAAUGUAAGAAUAAAAUCAUCAGAAGAGAGAGUUCACAGGAAGACAAGCUUAUGUUGAAAUCUUUUUCUCAAGGGUUUUCUGUCUUUUUUUGAAUGUGUAAUAUUUUUUUUUUGGAUAACUCUUGUACUAAUUUGUGUAUAUAAUCUCUAAAGAUAUGAACAGACCAACACAAUAAACAAAAUAGAAAAAACAAAA